AUGGCGAGGAAGUGUAAGGGGAGACAAAAGAUCGAGAUGACGAGGAUGUCGAAGGAGAGCAAUCUUCUGGUGACGUUCUCGAAGCGGCGGUCGGGUCUGUUCAAGAAAGCGAGCGAGCUGAGCACUCUGUGCGGGGUGGAGAUCGCCAUCAUCGUGUUCUCGCCCGGGAAGAAGGUGUUCUCGUUCGGGCACCCGUGCGUGGACGCGGUGGUGGACCGUUUCCUGGCCCGGAGCCCGCCGCCCCAGCCGGCGGCCGCCUCGAACACCUCGCAGCUGAUCGAGGCGCACCGAAACGCGAGCGUGCGGGAGCUGAACGUGCAGCUGAUGGAGAUCCUGAGCCAGGCCGAGCUGGAGAAGAAGCGGGGCGAGGAGCUGACGAAGAUGAGGAAGGAGAGCGCGAGAAAAUGGUGGUGGGAGAGCCCCGUGGGGGAGCUCGGCCUGGAGGAGCUGGAGCAGCUGAAAGUGGCCAUGGAGGAGCUGAAGAGCGGCGUGGGGAAACAGAUGGAGAAGCUAGUGGUGGAGGCUUCGAACCCUAAUCUCUACUUUGGAGGAGGGGCGGCUUCGUCGUCUACCUCCAAGGGAUUAGGGUUGUUUGAUGAGGCUAAGGGUUCUUCUGGGCUUGGCCUCUCUGUCACCCCUCAUCACCAUCUUCAUGGUUUUGCCAACUUUGGCUAUGGCGGUCGUGGCUUCUUUUGAUCAUCAGAUCAUCCCAUAUUGGCCUACAUAAUGCAUUAAUAAUUCAUGAUGGUUAUUACAUAUAUAUAUUCUUCAAAUUUUAGUUAAUUUUAUGAGAUUAUUAUAAUAAAUUUGUUCUCCUGCAACAUGUGGUAUGAUGAUGAACAACUUUAUAAAUA